AUGAGGACAUUGAAGAAACUGCUAGCCUUCCGUCGUCUUCUAAGGCAAGCAUUACCUAUUUUCCAAUAUUCCAAUAUAUAUGGUAAAAUGGCGUCCACUGAGUUACGCACUUUGAAGCGUGACUUUGAAAGGAUGAAGGAUGAAUUCGCCAAAGUUGUCAGUUCAAAUCGAGCGCUUCACAACAGAGUGCAUGAGUUGGAAGAAAUGAGCAGCUGCGAAAACAAGAUGGUGGGGGUGAAAGAAGCUGGGGAAGGACAUGAGGACCUCGAUACUCCUCAUAUGAAUGAAGGAGGUGACAAUGAAUUGUCGCCAUUACAUGACAAUGUCACUCCGCCCACAAAAUCGGCAGCAAUGGCAACACAAGUCCCCAGUGAUGGAGCCGAACCUUCCGCAGCCAUGGUCACUCCAGUUCCUGACUUACAAGUGCAUGAAGCAGCUGCGCAUGCACAAUCCGAGAAGCUGCCUACCCCGGAAGAUGUGGCCGGUCCGAUGAAUCCUCCAAGUAUACCUACAAUUAGUAUGGCUGCUGAUGAAGAAGGUAGUUUGAGUGUUGAAAAAAAAGAAGUGGAAGGUAAAGGCUGUAGACAGAAGCGCCCGGCCCAGACAUUAUUAAGUCCAUUUACUGAUCCUUUGAGGAAGAAGAGGACAAUGAGUGUGUCGGAUGCGACUGCAACCCCGCCAUGUUUUGAUCCAUCAAAACCGCUGCCCAUUGAAGAUGUGAAGGCAGUAAUAGAUUUUUGCACUGCCUGGAAAAACGAUAUCAGUGUGCAGGUGCAGCUUGAAGCAUUUUCAGUGGGCGCUGAUUUUUUCUACAAACUCAUCGAUGAAACGGCAUGGAUUAGCUCAAGGCACCUGGAAAUGGCAACCUUUCUUAUCCGGAAACGGCAACUCUCUCAUCCGUUGCUAUUUGGAACCGACUGGACAACGGCAGAUUAUGCCUUGCAGCAAUUUCUAGAGCCGUUAAAAGCGACUGGCAAGACACGUGGAUCGAAGAAGGCAGCAGCUUCAAACACCAGUGACCUUCCAGCCAACAAGCUGAAGAAUGUACAUCACUUUGUGCACGAGUCCCAUUGGGUUGCAAUCGAAAUUGAUUUCGUCCGACAUACUGCAACUGUGUAUGACUCAUAUGUUGAUUAUACCAAAUCUUCGAAGCUGGUUACACUUCUGCAACCUGUUAGCGAUACGCUUGCACGAGUGCUGUACAAUAUGAAGUUUUAUGAAGAUUCUGAGGUUGAAGAGGUGAAGCAAAAGGGGCUGCAGAUGUCGAGGUUUACGCCUUUCUCAGUUUGCAUCAUUGGAGGUGUGCCACAACAACGAGAUGGUACGUCUUGCGGAAUCAUGACCGUUCAAUUCAUCGAGCAUCUCAGUGCUGGGCUUUCGGUGCAUAAAAUUGACCCGUCGAAGAUCAAAUAUUACCGACUGAAGCUUGCAAUAGAGGGAGGAGGUGGUCAGGUCAUUCCCACUGCUAGGACACUCAUCUAUGCUUCCCAGCUCACUGCCAAGCCAAGCCUCCUUGAACCUGUAUAUCUUGUUGAAAUCGAAGCUCCAGAGCAGACUGUUAGUGGUAUCUACGGUGUUCUUAAUCAGAAACGUGGGCACGUGUUUCAGGAAAUGCAGAGGCCUGGUACUCCACUGUACAAUAUGAAGGCAUACCUACCCGUCAUUGCAUGUUUUGGGUUCUCUGGUCAAUGA